UUUCAGGGAGGAGGAAUCAUUGGGGUAAUGUUUAUUGUCAUGCAAAUACGGUUCGAAGUCUGAACCUUCCUGGUUCAUUGGCUACACGUCCGUAUACCUAUGUGUUCCAUCAACACUGAAAUGAUUUAUGGCAGUAUACGAGGCAGUCAUGACAUGCCGUUGCUGGCAGUAGGGCAGCGUGAUAGGACAGAGACAGAGGGAGAGAGUGGCCAACACAGCAGAUAGUUAGCUUUAGGCUGUAGAGAGAAGGGAGAAGGGUUCGAUCAAGAGAGGCGUUCAGCUUGGUUCUAGACUAUAGAACCGGGUUUGGCAGGGGCAGGUGGCAGCCGCGGAGAGUCGGGGUUAGCUAUCCCCUCGUAGAUAGGUAGAUAGUUGUGUUUUCAAAAUGAGGUUAAAAGUUGGAUUUAUUCUUCGUAGUUUAAUAGUCAUUGGCACAUUCUUGGGUCUUGUAUUGCUUUGGUCUUCUCUUUCACCAAAAGAGAACGACGACAACCCCUUUGCUAAACGGGAAAGAGAAGCCCCUAAGUUCUUGCCCAAGAUUGAACCCGCUGAGCAGUUCAAGCCUGUGGUACCAUGGCCCCACGUUGAAGGCGUUGAGGUGGACUUGGAGUCAAUCCGACAGAAGAAUGAAGGAGACCGCAAGCUGAAUCCUGGCAAACCGGUCGGCAAUGCUCAAAACCAACAGAACGUUAUCCAGAAGCAGUAUGUCACCUUCAAGCCCCACACCAACGUCUACUCCGCACCCGUCCUGCGGAAGGGGAGCCUGGGGAAUUUUGAGCCCAAGGAGCCGGAACCCCAUGGCGUGCAGGAUGGGCCAGGGGAGGGAGCGAAGCCGUUUGUACUGGGAGCGGAGUACCACGAUGCCGUCCAGGCCAGCAUCAAGGAAUUUGGCUUCAACAUGGUGGCCAGCGACAUGAUCUCCCUGGACCGGACCAUCAGUGACAUUCGCCAUGAUGAGUGCAAAUACUGGCAUUACGACGAGAACCUGCUGACGUCUAGUGUCGUCAUCGUGUUCCACAAUGAGGGCUGGUCCACGCUGAUGAGGACGGUCCACAGCGUCAUCAAGAGGACGCCGAGGCGCUACCUGGCCGAGAUCGUCAUGGUGGACGACUUCAGCAACAAAGUUCACCUGAAGGAGAGGCUGGAGGAGUACAUCAAGCAGUGGAACGGCCUGGUCAAACUGCACCGGAACCAGAAGAGAGAGGGACUGAUCCAGGCCAGGAGUAUCGGAGCCCAAGUAGCCACCCUGGGACAGGUUCUGAUCUAUUUAGACGCUCAUUGUGAAGUGUCUGUGAACUGGUAUGCACCCCUGGUUGCCCCGAUAUCCAAGGACAGAACGGCGUGCACCGUGCCCCUGAUAGAUUACAUAGACGGCAGCGACUAUACCAUAGAGCCCCAGCAGGGCGGCGACGAGGACGGCCUGGCCCGGGGCGCCUGGGACUGGAGCCUGCUGUGGAAGAGGGUCCCUCUCAGCAGCAGAGAGAAGGCCCAGAGAACGCAUAAGACCGAGCCUUACCGGUCUCCCGCUAUGGCUGGUGGGCUGUUUGCCAUUGAAAGGGAUUUCUUCUUUGAACUGGGCCUCUACGACCCAGGACUACAGAUCUGGGGAGGGGAGAACUUUGAGAUAUCCUACAAGAUCUGGCAGUGUGGUGGCCAGCUGCUGUUCGUGCCCUGCUCACGCGUCGGCCACAUCUACCGCCUGCAGGGCUGGCAGGGCAACCCCCCCCCUGCCCACGUCGGCUCCUCGCCCACUCUCAAGAACUAUGUGCGCGUGGUGGAGGUGUGGUGGGACGAAUACAAGGACUACUUCUACGCCAGCCGGCCCGAGACCCUCACCCUGGCCUACGGGGACAUCAGCGAGCUCAAGAGGUUUCGAGAAGAGCACCGCUGCAAGAGCUUCAAAUGGUUCAUGGAGGAGAUUGCCUACGACAUCCCCACACACUACCCGCUGCCACCCAAAAACGUGGAGUGGGGAGAGAUUCGUGGAUACGACACCAGCUACUGCAUUGACAGCAUGGGCCACACCAACGGAGGCGGCGUGGAGAUCGGGCCGUGUCACCGGAUGGGCGGGAACCAGCUCUUCCGGAUAAAUGAAGCGAACCAGCUGAUGCAGUAUGACCAGUGCCUGACCAAAGGACCGGACGGGUCGGCUGUGAUCAUUACGCACUGUAACCUGAACGAGCACACGGAGUGGAGAUACUUCAAGGACCUCCACAGGUUCACCCACGUCCCCACAGGGAAGUGUCUGGACCGGUCGGACAUCCUCCACAAGGUCUUCAUUGCGGACUGCGACAACAGCAAGAGCACCCAGAAGUGGGAGAUGAACAAUAUUGUGGCUGUUUAAAGCUACAGGCCCCAGAGUCAACCUGACUCACUGAAGCUCACUCAGAAGAACACUCCAAUUGUCAACUGUUUGCAGCACUGAAAGGGUUGUGUGCUUCCCAAAUGAAACCCUGUUCCCUACAUAGUUUGCUACUUUUGACCAGAGUCCGGUGGGCCAUAGUGAAAGGUAUCGCACUAACGGCGGAAUGGGCUGAAUCUUUCUGAGGCAGCCCCUGUGUCUGUACAAGUGUAAGUAUUGCAUUUGAGGACUGUGCUCUCUCUCUCAACCAUGUCCCACGAUGGAUACUCCUCCACACACAGUUGGAUAAUGGACUUGUUCCUGUUGUAGAUUGUUUACAUCAGUGGGUAUUCAACUCUUGUCCUGUAGGGCCAAACACUUGUGUAUUUAUUUUUUCUAUCUAUUAGUUAAUUACACUCACCUGGUGUCCAAAGUCUGAGUUGGUUCUUUGUUUGAGAGGAUUUAAACCAGAAGUGUUUCCGACCUCCAGGACUGGAGUCUAAUAACCCCUGCUUUACAUGUUCUUGCUCUUUUCACUCUUAUCUUGACAUCAUAGUGGGGUCUUUGGGAUGUUGCUCAGGGCUCUGAGAAUCUUUUUAAUUUAUAUGUGGUUGGUGGAAAAGAGGCAUUAAUCAGUGUGCCGAAUUGAACAUUGAAUAAUUGAAAACCACUUUUUCUGGUCUUGUUAAUGAGAUAGGAGGGGGUAAUGUGAAAAAUAUGAUGUGAAAAGUCACAUCUGAUUGGUUGGACAAUGCACCAAUUAGUGGAGGGAAAAAAAUCUGAAUUCAUCUGCUUUUGUGACCUUGGCUAAAGAAUCUUGUUUUUUAAAGCUGCAAUGAAUUGUAACCUGGUCCCAGAUCUGUUUGUACAAUGGAUGACCGAUAGGAUUUAUCCAGGGAACAGGCAGAUCUAUGCCCAGCUAGAUGGACAAUUCCACUUAUAUAUCUUGUUCAGAUAAGCUGAAGCAUGAACACUGGGUGUUUUGAAAGGAUUUACCACUUUAAAAUGUAAUUGGUCUUUGCCACAGUGGAACGCCUAAGCUUGAAUUGAACAUGUGAACUGUUUAAUGGGUAAGAAAAGUAGGGAUUUGGUAAUAUGGGAUGUUGAAUUGACUACAAAGCUGCCAGUAUCAGAAACCAAUUCUAAAUGAAAAUGAUUUUUCUUAGGGUUAUGUGAUUGUAUGCAGUUUUGUAUAAUGUAAAUAUUUCUAAAUUUAACAUUGAGAUGCAGUGGGCCUUGACUGAAGGUGUAAAUAUCUAACUUAUAAAAAAAAAAAAUAUUGGCUGUUUUCUCAUGGAAAUAAACCUUUUUAUCAACCAUG